UAGCUCGUUAAAUAUUUCAAUACCAGUUAGUGCUACUCUAUAGUACCAACUUGAUUCAAAACAUUUUAUAUUUUAAAUUAUCUUAAAGAUUAAAUUUCAUUAAGUUAUUUUUCUCUCAAUGUUUAUCCCAAUCUUGAGAGAUAACAUUAAUAUCUUCAUUUUACAGGUGAGAAGAUUGUACCAAAUACUUUUACACAAUUACUGAAAGAGAUAGAAGGUUCUACUCUAAUGCUUUAUCUAUUGACACACUAUCUCAGGUGUUUGAUGUGAGAAGGAAAUUUCUUUGAAUAAAUAACUGUCUUUAAUAAAUAACCUAGUUAACCCAUUUAUUUAGAAAAUGACAUGAUUUUAAAAAUGUCUUUUAAUAAAUAACAGAAUUUAAUAAAUAAGCCAGUGAUCCCAAUUAAUUUGAGAAUGUCAUGAUUUUAACAAAUAACUAAAUGUCUUCUUCCAUUUGAUUCUGCAGAGUGGUACUGACUCUUUAUUCAUUGUCUUGCCAUUGUCGUAGGCGUUGCUGCUGAGAAAUCAUGCAUUUCUGAAAAAACAAUAUAAGCAUGGACUUAACAUUCCCUUGAGUCACAAUAUUGUGCAACCCUGUCUUAGAAAUACAAAUUGUGAUUACAUGAAUAUUUUCAAGUUUCUCUCACGAGGUGUCAACAUGAAAAAUGACACAGAAGUCACCACAUUUGUACUGAAGGGCUUCACAGACAAUCGUGAAGUUCAGAUCGUCUUAUUUUUUCUCUUUCUAGCAAUCUACCUCUUUACUUUGAUGGGAAAUUUAGGAUUGGUUGUAUUGGUCAUUGGGGAUCCCAGGCUCCACAACCCCAUGUACUAUUUUCUGGCUGUGUUAUCUUUCUUGGAUGCCUGCUAUUCCUCAGUGAUAACCCCAAAUAUGUUAGUAGAUUUUAUGUCAGAGAAUAAAGCCAUUUCAUUCCUUGGAUGUGCGACACAGAUGUUUCUUGGUAUUACUUUUGGGACCACAGAAAGCUUUCUCUUGGCAGCAAUGGCUUAUGAUCGCUAUGUAGCAAUCUACAACCCACUUCUGUAUUCAGUAAACAUGUCACACAGAGUCUUUGUGCCACUCAUCGCUGCUUCAUAUGUUGGUGGGAUUUCACAUGCUACUGUACACACAGUAGCAACUUUUAGCCUCUCCUUCUGUGCAUCCAGUGAAAUCAGACACAUCUUUUGUGAAAUCCCUCCACUCCUUGCUAUCUCCUGUUCUGACACUCACAUCAACCAGCUUCUACUCAUCUACUUUGUGGGUUCUGUUGAGAUAUUCUCCAUCCUGAUUGUCCUGAUCUCCUAUGGUUUCAUUUUGUUGGUCGUUCUGAGAAUGCGUUCUGCUGAAGGGAGACGAAAAGUCUUUUCCACUUGUGGCUCUCACCUAACUGGAGUGUCAAUUUACCAUGGAACAAUCCUCUGCACUUAUGUCAGACCAAGUUCUAGCUUUGCUUUGGAUCAUGGCAUGAUAAUGUCAACAUUUUACACUGUUGUGAUUCCCAUGCUGAAUCCCUUUAUCUACAGUUUGAGGAACAAAGAUGUAAAAGAAGCAAUGAAAAAAGUGUUUGGGAGAAAUCUGUUUUUCAGUAAAGUAUAUUUUUAGCACUAAAAAUGAAAAAAAAUCAGGAGUCAUGUCCCAUGCCUCCAUAUGAAGAAGAUAUGACAAAGACGAAAUUUUUUGUCUCAGUUUAUUAGUGUCUUUCUAUUCUUCUCGAAAAUUUUGAAGUAAAAUCCAUAGUCAACCCUCAACCUAGGCUAUUUUAACACAUACAGGAAAACUGGGCCAUCAAUUUCCUUCUGACAUGUUCUUACUGAUACAGGUGUAUAUGUGCAGGUGGGCAUGGGCAUAUAUACACAUAUAUACAUAUACAGAUAAUGAUUCUGAUUUAUAUAUAUAUACAUACACAUAUAUGUAUAUAAUCUUUUUAAAAUUAUUGUAUUUUUUUCUUCUUAUAAAUAUUGAUUGGGAUACGGAGAAAAUAAAGCAAACUUAUUUAGAGUGUUGUCACUGUCGUUAGGUGCCAUCGAGUCAGAUCCCACUCAUAGCGAGCGUAUGUACAACAGAAUGAAACACUCCCUGGUUGUGCACCAUUCUCACAAUUGAUGUUAUGCUUGAACCCAUUUUUGCAGUAGCUGUGUCAAUCCAUCUGGUUGAGGGUCUUCCUCUUUUUCCAUGGCCCCCUACUAAGCAUGAUGUCCUUCUGGGACUGAUCCCUCUUGAUAACAUGUUCUAAGUGCAUCAGUCAAAGACCAUUCAUCCUGGUCGUAAGGGCCUAGGAUGGUUAUGAGGACAUCUGCAACCCCCUGUUUUACAUGGUGGUGGUAUUUCCACAGAUCUGUCUUCUGCUUGUU